GCCAAAAUCCAAAGUGCCCAACUGCUUCCUCAAAACUUUGGCAGCAGAUUAAAGUGGCUUCCACAUCCCCAAAAACGACAAAGUCCAUCAGUCUAACCCCACUGAAAAAUAAAAAUUGCACCAGACUACCAGAGUCAUAUCAUCCUCCUAUUAAAUCCCAGUGUGUAGUUGGUCCUUUCAGUUCACCAUCCCCUCAAUCAUUUCGCCAUGGAACAUCAGAGCCCAGAGGAGACUGUUGCUGCUGCUUUAGAGAUCCAGAAAGGAGACGACUUUAAGGUUCAUGUGUUCUCAUCCUCGGAGUUGAUCGAGAAGCUGAAUGAGAAAUGGAGGGCAGUGAAGAGGAAACCAUACCCAGCAAUGUACUCGAGCGUCUAUGGUGGGAUCAUUCUCGAUCCGGCGUUGAUGGUGAUCCCAAUUGAUGACCACAUGGUACAUCGCGGACAUGGUGUUUUCGACACAGCCAUCAUUCUCGACGGAUACCUCUAUGAGCUAGACGUACACAUAGAAAGGAUCCUAACAUCGGCAUCGAAGGCAAGGAUAUCAUCUCCAUUCACCAAGGACAAGCUGCAUACCAUCCUGCUCCAGUUGGCAGCAGCAUCAAACUGCAAGAAAGGCACACUGAGAUACUGGCUGAGCGCAGGCCCAGGCAACUUUCUGCUGUCACCCUCUGGUUGUCCAACUUCAGCAUUCUAUGCAGUUGUGAUCGACGAGGAGUUCUCUCAGCAGAAGGAAGGUGUGAAGGUGAUCACAUCUAACAUCCCCAUGAAGCCACCUCUUUUUGCAACUGCAAAGAAUGUGAACUAUCUCCCCAAUGUGCUCUCUAUCAUGGAAGCCGAGGACAGAGGAGCCUUUGCCUCGAUUUGGGUGGAUGAGGAAGGGUACGUGGCUGAGGGUCCCAAUGUGAACGUUGCGUUCAUUACUCAGGAGAAAGAGCUGAUCCUGCCUCCAUUUGACAACAUACUCCGCGGGUGCACUGCUCUGAGGCUGCUUCAGCUGGCUCCCAAGCUGGUGGAGCAGGGGAAGCUGAAAGGGGUGAAGACAAGUAAACUCACAGUUGGAGAGGCCAAAGGUGCUCUUGAGAUGAUGUUCGUGGGGAGCACGCUACCUUUGUUGCCAAUCGUGAUGUGGGAUGAUCAGCUCAUUGGAGAUGGGAAGGUGGGAGAGUUGACAAUGGCACUUUCUGAUGUGAUAUGGGAGGACAUGGUUGCUGGGGCUACUACUCAGAGGAUUCCUGUUCCAUAUGAGCAGUAGUAUUGAGUCAAGAGAGAAUGGGUUUCCGGAAGUUGCCAAAAGGAAUGAUGUUUAUAGGCUUGAAGUUUGAGU